AUGGAGCUGAAUCAGGUUUUUGAGAAUUUGCAUGCGAUUCUACAAGCUGCUUCAUCGAAAUGUAAAGUUAUCGAUGAAAAGUUCCCUAGCAAGUUUUACGAGAAGAAUCCCAACAAGAUAUUCGAAUCCUACAAGAAAUUUUUGAAAUCGAAAAUAAAUAGCGAAGGAGCCAUCAAAAACGAAGAGAACUUUCCUGUAACGACUAUUAGUGAGCGAUUCGAGAAGAAUGAGUACGCUAAAAAGCAAAAUGCUUUUUACCGCCUGCAUCACGACGUGAAGCUAGUUUGUACGUUACUGAUCCAUUUCUACCCCCAGGGCACUCGCACGUAUCAGAUGGUGGAUAAGUUCUACAAAUUCGCAACCGAACUUUUGCUGCGAGAGUGCUAUAGACUGGGCAUACAGCUAACGGACGAAUCAGUUCCAGAGGAGCCGUAUGAUUCGGUAAAAAGUCCUUUAAGCCGGCAAGUUUCGCAUGAUUUCAUCAAAAUUUCAACGGCGUACGCAGUUCCUUACGCCGAAUCUUACUAUGUUUCGUCCGGAGACUUGGACCUCUUCACGUCUACAAUCUCAAAGUCACAGCUCGACCACAGAUCAACAGAAGCUCCAAACAGUAGUUUCGAAUUGAAUAAAGUCAUCCCACAGGCUGGAGAUGAAAUCGCUCCAAAACUGGGCUUUCUUGCAGCCAAUGUAAGCAAUAUUCCAGAUCCGACUUUACCACCAUACGAAAUAAUGUCAAAGUUCUUGCAUCCAAAUUGGUAUGCUAUGCCGACCACUGUAUGGCUUCAGUAUGGCGAAUAUCAAUCAUGGGCCCCUUCUUUCAAUGAGAGCAGCACUGUUAUUGACGCUGGCCAUAGAGGGACUAUUUGGCUCGAAAAAAUUGGGUACAUCAGGCUGCGGAACAUGCACGAUGUCCAGGUUAAUGAAAAACGGGCGCGAGCUGCGAAAGAUCAAGAUUUGAAGAAUACCGUUGGAUCUGAGUUAAGCACAGAACAGAUGAAGGCUGAAUCAGUAACUGCUUCUAAUACCGAUUCUAAUGAAAUUCAAAAUGCACCAGUGGAGAGCAAACCAACUAAUGGAUCUGAUCAAGAAAGGCAUGCAGAAAAUGGUACGAAGGAGCUCGACGAAGAAACAAAAGUCGAUGAAAAACAGAUAACCGAAACAAAUCAAGCAACAUCAACAACACCUUCGAUAAAGCUUGAAAAUCUCUACGAUUGGACGCCCGGUAAUUCCAUUGAAAAUGACGAACUUGAAGCGGUUUCUAAAGGGACGCACGAGCAAUUGGUAACGAGAACGCUUCUGGAACUAGCUAGCUUAAAAAGGAAACGCCUUAUCACUAGGCGAAGAAGUCAACCUUCCGCAAGAGAAGUUCAAUUGUAUCAUAAAGUUCAAAGGAUCAUGAAGGAAGUACUUCUUGCUAAACAAGUGAGGAAGCUUCCUCAGGUAACAUCACGUUCGUUCCCUGUAUUACAAGCCAACUACAUGGGUAGCAUACCAGUGGUACGGAGUGUCCAAACGCGAAAGAAGAAAUACAGAAAAUGA